GUGCGGGAGGCGCGCGGCCGGCGGCGCCGCUCCCCAUAAAUAGCGGGGCGAGGCCGGGCCUCCCCAUUCCGCGGCGGUGCCCGGGCGGCGGCUCCUCCUCCUCUGAGGCUCUUCCCUCUCCCGGCUGUUUAAGAUUGAAGACCUCAAAAAAAAAUGGCAUUGGCAGCAAUUGAUCCAGAGCAGAACAUUGUAUCAAGAGUUGCCAACCUUCCCUUGGUGAGCUCCACCUAUGAUAUGGUGUCCACGGCUUACAUCACCACAAAGGAUAACCAUCCUUACCUGAAGUCAGUAUGUGAGAUAGCAGAGAAAGGAGUGAAGACAAUUACUUCGGUAGCUAUGACAAGUGCUAUGCCUAUCAUCCAGAAACUGGAACCACAAAUUGUAGUUGCCAACAACUAUGCAUGUAUAGGUCUAGACAAAAUUGAAGAGAGACUGCCUAUACUCAAUCAACCCACUGAUAAGGUUGUCGCCAAUGCCAAGGAUGUAGUUGUUGGAGCCAGAGAAGCUGUGACAACCACUGUGACUGGUGCCAAGGAAACUCUUGCUCACACGAUCACUGGAGUUGUGGGCAAGACUAAAGAAGCAAUGCAAGACAGUGUAAAUAUGACUAAGUCAGUUGUCAAUGGCAGUAUUAACACUGUCCUGGGAAGUCGUGUGGUGCAGAUGGUGAGCAGUGGAAUGGACAGUGCUCUCACUAAAUCAGAGACCCUUGUAGACCAGUAUCUCCCACUUACAGAAGCAGAACUAGAGAAAGAAGCUGUAAGAGUUGAAGGCUUUGAAGUUGGAGUUCAAAAGCCAAGCUACUAUGUUAGACUAGGAUCCCUGUCUUCAAAGGUUCGCACACGUGCCUACCAACAAGCCUUAAACAAAGUCAGAGAUGCUAAACAGAAAAGUCAGGAGACAAUCUCUCAGCUGCACCACACUGUUAAUCUGAUCGAGUAUGCCAGAAAGAACAUGAAUAGUGCCAAUCAGAAACUUCUUGGUGCUCAGGAAAAGCUUUAUCAAUCCUGGGUAGAGUGGAAGAAAAAUACAGGCCAAAAUGAUGGUGAUGAACUGCAUAGCGCUGAGCAUAUCGAGUCAAGAACUCUAGCUAUUGCACGGAGCCUCACUCAGCAGCUUCAGACCACCUGCCUCACACUGGUGUCAAGCCUACAGGGGCUGCCACAGAAUGUGCAGGAUCAGGUUUACAGUGUUGGGUCAAUGGCAGGUGAUGCAUACCAGAGCUUUCGGUCAGUAUCCUCCUUCCAAGAAUUAUCAGACAGCUUUCUUACCACUAGCAAAGGACAGCUGAAGAAAAUGAAGGAGUCUCUGGAUGAUGUGAUGGAUUAUCUUGUUAACAACACACCGCUCAACUGGCUGGUAGGUCCCUUUUACCCACAAGUGCCUGGCAUUCAGCAUGCUGAGAGCAAAGGUGAAGGGGAGAAAAAUUCCAGCCCGAAAGACAAACAGCCUGAACAUGCUACUGAAUAAACUGCAUAGCAUACAUGUACUCUGCUGACUGACCAAACAAGUGGCCUUAGCAAGUGUAGCUGUCAAAAAAGCCUUGGAGAAAAAUUCAUAAACAUAGGAGUGGGGGAAUGAUACAGAGAGAGGACACUCACACAUGGGCUAUGGUGUCCUGUGUAGUUAAGCCACUCUCAAAACUCUGUCUUAAAUGACUAGAUAUCGACAGCUUAUAGUUGUCAAGAUGCCUUGUUUGUCUACCAAGUUAAGAAACCUCACCAUGCUUAUUAAUUGUAUUAAUGGCCUAAAUGGAAUCUACCAUAGCUAAAAACAUUUGAUUUGUUGCUUAGCCUGUACCAGAUUUAUAUAAAAACUUUACAAUAAAGCGCAUUGAAAAGCCUUGCAAUCUAGAUCUAGGUAUGCUUAAAUUCCAUUUGAUUAUUAUGCAUUUGACUUUCUCAAAUUGUACUGCAACACAACUUGUGACAAAUUCUGUGCAUGCAGUAUUUCAAAGCUUAAAGUGGGGUUUCUGAAUGAGUCAGCUGGAGUUACUUAAAUGGUGUGACAGUGUUAAUGUUAACUAUAUAAACUUAAUUAUUGUAUAACACAUUAACCUGAUAACAGUCAUGAAGUACCUCAAGUUGGAAGGGACCCAUAAGAAUCACCAAGUCCAAUUUCCUGCUCCUUGCAGGAUUACCAAAAACUAAGCCAUAUGACUAGGAGUGUCAUUCCAGCAGUCCUGGAACUAUUGACAGGCUUGGUGUUGCAACCACUUCCCUGGGGAGCUUGUUCCAGUGACCAACCAAAUAAUUAUCAAUACUUUUUUACUAUGCAGUCUAAAGCCAAAAUUCAUGCUGUUUGUACCCAGGUGCCCACUGUUGUGUGGAUUGCUGGGUUUUUUGUAGCCAUCUUUUUGUAAUGCAUUUUGUAUGUUAGUAAUAAAUGCUUCAGUAGACAAA